UAUCGUUAUUACAUUAUUAUAUUGUAUAUACCUACGCCAAACGUGUUUGGCACGUGCAUGCCAAGUCUUCGGUAAUCGGUAUACCUCCAUAAUAUUAUCGUGCACGCGCACACUGUUUUCAGUCGGCGCAUCUCAUUAUAAUACCUCUGUAAUCAUUAUAGUUGUCGUCGAAGUCGCAUUAAAUGACCAUCGUCAUCGUUACCGCCGGCUCACAGAAAACUUCACUCGGAACAGUCGGAACAAUAAUACAAUAAUGACCGAUCGGUUCCGGACGUACGACAGCGAAUGCAGCGUGAACGGUGUAGGCGAUCGUCAUCACUGGCCGGUCGCUUUCGGGGCCCCCCGCCGGCCAAACAAAAAGUUUACGACAGUUCGGAGGCCUGUUUCACGAGGCAGCGAAGGACCGGAAGUCCGCAAACCGGACAACGGGAUGCUGCUGUCGUCGUCGUCAUCACCGUCGCUAUUGUCGUCAUCUUCACCGUCGCCAUCACAGUCGCAUUCAUCGACAUUGUCCACUCCAUCGACUACACAUUUCUACUACGAACCGCUUCGUCGUCCCAACCCCAACAAUGUCAAAACCUGUGAGGCCAUCGAAUGGGAAGUCAUGUCAAAACACUUUGCCAGGUUGCCACCAUUUAUCAAAGAGAAAAAUUCGAAACAGUUCAAUAGCGGACAUUCACAAACAAACUUACCACAACAUCAUCAUUUACAGUAUUACAGCGAUCUGCACAAAUUACACCAAGUGGCAUACGCCACCAGAAACACUAACGCUAGAAAACCAGUGACGGCGGCAACGGCUGCAGCUCAUCAGUCGUGCUGCAAACCGUGGCAAUGGAGCCCUUACGGAGGACCUGCUGGGACGUUUAUGAAUGCGUAUUACCUAUCUGAGCCACAGAGGUAUGACAAUCACGCUAAGAACGUUAUCCUGGAAGACUCAUUAAUACAAGUAGAUGAAACAGACAAACUGUCGUCGAAAGUCUGGCACACGUACUUGGACAACCGUCAGUCCGAGAGCGUUUACGAAACAAAAAUGGCCAUGUGGCGCAGGCUGUCGACACUAAUCAAAAGCUGGGCGCCCGGUUGUGGUCUAUACCUGGUCGGGUCUACGAUGAACGGUUUCGGCGGUGACGUAAGCGACGCGGACUUCUGCUUACUCACUGGCUGCACGGCGGCUACGGGGGUCAACGCUGGCGUUCGACAGCAUCGAACCGUGACUGAGGAGCGACACCGGAUAUGUGCCGUCGAACGGCUCCAGUGGCUGAUGGCAUUGCUGAACCAUGAGCGUAUCAACGGAAAAGUAGGUACCUCGGAAAUGCGCAUCGUGUACGCCAAAGUUCCCAUACUCAGGUUUCGGUGGAUCGGUUCCGGCGACGAAAAGAUGGACGUGGACUUUUGUUGCAACAACGUGGUGGGCAUCCGCAACACCCAUUUGCUGUACUGCUAUUCGAGGCUCGAUUACCGUGUAAGGCCAUUGGUAGUAACCAUUAAAUUGUGGGCGUCUAGUCACAACAUUAACGAUCCGAAAAAAAUGACGCUUUCCAGUUACUCGCUGGUGUUGAUGGUUAUCAAUUUCUUGCAAAGCGUCAAACCGCCCGUGUUACCGUCGCUGCAGUGCAUCUACGGCAUGAAGUUCUCGGCCAACACCGACAUCGAAUUCGUGCACAUGCACGAACAGUUGCCUAGCAGUGGUUGGAGAAGCGAAAACAAACAGAGCCUCGGCGAAUUGCUUUUGCAGUUUUUUGAAUACUAUAAUGAUUUCAAUUUUUAUAAACACGCGGUGUCUGUGAGAAUGGGAUCACCGAUACCACUAGAAAGCUGUCGGAUGGCCGAUGCGGCAAAAAACAAUCCGGGACAAUGGAAAUUCAUAGGAAUCGAAGAACCUUUUGAGAAAACGAACACAGCACGGUCUGUGAAUAACCAUAAUGUAUUUGCUCAAAUCAAAGAAGCCAUUAGUAAUAGUUACAAUCGAUUAAAAGAAACGAUGUCAUUGGAUUCAAUAUUUUGUUAGUUUGUAAAAAAACAAGCCCGAAAAAGAACAAAAAAAAAAAAAACAAAAAAAAA